AUGGAUGCUCUUCGAUCUCGUGUUGAUGUUGAACCGGAUCCACUCGUUUCAAUAAUUCUUCUCAUCAUCUUUUCUUCUUUUGUUGCUGUUCUGAAUAAAAUGUCUCGAGCUGAGGAACUUUGGGAACGGUUAGUCCGAGCUGCAUUGAGGAGGGAAAGGACUGGUGAUGAUGCAUAUGGGCGACCUGUUGGUGGCAUUGCUGGAAAUGUACCAUCUGCCCUAGCUAAAAACAGGGAUAUUGAUGAAAUUUUGAGAGUUGCUGAUGAAAUUCAAGAUGAUGAUCCCAGUGUAUCAAGAAUAUUAUGUGAGCAUGCAUAUUCUUUAUCUCAAAAUUUGGACCCUAACAGUGAAGGUCGAGGUGUUUUACAAUUCAAGACUGGUUUGAUGUCUGUCAUCAAGAAUUUUGUUGCAUGGCCUCUCAAUGCCAGCUCUUUUGGGUAG